AUGUCCAAUGGCUUUGGUGGUCCUACAAAGCCAGCCUCGGUCUCUGCGCCCAUUCAACCAGAGCCCAUGCCCGAUCUCUUGACGCGUGCCUUUAACGAAGCUGUGCGUCCCUACACUAACCGCGUCGAAGAGCUCGAGAAUGAGGUUGCCGACCUCAAGGCCUGGGUUGAGCAGCUCGAAGCUCAGAGAAGAGAGGUUCACGCAUGGAUUGACAAGCGUGGCUUGAGACCUGAUGUUCCCCCAAGCAUUGCUCAGCAAAUGGAUGCGUCCAACCCUCACAACCCGACGGCCGCAGCUUCAACCCUGAAUGCUCAGCUAGACCGCAAGAUCACCAUUGUCAACUUCGACCUGCACCGCCUUCAAGACGAUCUCAACGAUUCUCUGCCCACUCCCUCCUUUAGCGCCUGCAUGCUCAAAUUCCUCCCCGACAUUGGUCGUCUGGCUGCUCUACCUUCUGGACCCAAGUUUGCCUUUGAUUUGCUGCUCAAGUUGGGCGGUAACCUCAACUCCCACGGUGGUCUCGAGAAUGGCGAUGAAGAGGACUUGCGUGAGCGUAGAUCUUUCUAUGCUCGUCUUGACGAGGCCAUGGUUGACAUUGUACGUGGCCGUUUCAGAGAAGAGGGCGAAGGUUGGGGUGUUGCCAGAGAGAUCAAGCGCAUCGAAAAGACUGGUGCCUAUCUCCGCAACUGGGGUGUCGAACCUUACUUCCCUCAAACCCUUGAUGUCAUGAGAGAGGGCUCUGGCGCUGCUGGUACAUCCGGUGUCUACCACGGGGGUGGUACUCCUCCUGCCUAUCAAUGA